AUGCAGAAUCUGACUGGAUUUCCAGGCAAUGUAACCUCCAACAAAAACCUGUCUGUGAUCAUCAAGGUGUGUGUGGUUGUCCCCUUCUUCUGCAUCUUCCUCUGCUGCAUUAUGGUCAUGCUGCACAUCUUUGCAUCUCACAGGCAGUUUCUGGAAACCUCACGUUACAACCUGUUUGCCUCCAUGCUCAUUAAUGAUACCAUCCAGCUCUUGUUCUCUGUGCUGCUCUUCCUCUUUGCCAUGGGCCAAGUGAAAUUUGCUUUUAUCCUGUGUAUUCCUUUGUUGUUUGUUUCCAGUGCCACUUUCCAGAACACACCUUUAAUUUUGGCCACUAUGUCACUGGAGCGUUAUGUUGCCAUCUUCUAUCCCCUGCAGCGUCCGGCUGCCUGGCGCUCAGACCGUAUCUGGAUCAUUAUUCUGUCUCUGUGGCUCAUCAGCUCUAUUUUCCCUGUGAUUCACUACUCUAUUGGGGAAAUUGAUCCUGCUGUGGAUAUCUUCUCUACCCCUGUGUAUUGCAGCUCUAGCAUUAUCAACUCAUCUCCAAUCCAGGACAUAUUCCGAGCUGCUGAAAAUAUUCUCUUCUUUGCAGUAGUGGCUGUUGUCAUCCUUUUUACAUACGUGAGAAUCCUGCUGGAAACCAGGAGGAUGAGACAAGAUAAAGUGUCUGUGAACAAAGCCAUGCACACUGUGCUGCUGCAUGGCUUUCAGCUGCUGCUGUGUGUGUUGGCCUUCAGUUACCCCAUCACUGAAACUCUCAUAGUGCUGCAUGCUGACUGGAAUCCAGCGGACAUUGCCUUUUUUAAUUAUUUCAGUUUCAUCCUUAUUCCACGCUUUCUCAGCCCUCACGGCUUCAGAGAUCAGACUCUCAGGGGCUGCAUCAGGAAAACAUUCCUCUGCAGCUCAGACAAAGUCAAACCUGGUGUUAGAGGCCAGCGGCAGGACAACUUGCUGGAAAACUAA